AUGUGUUUUUGUUUGAUACCAAAUACCAGAUGUCCCUUUCCACUUUUAAGCGUCUAUGCAGACAUGUCAGUAGCGUGCAAGGAGUACUAUGAUCCAGACCGUUCAAUGCUGGAGUUGGUCUUUGCUCCAGCAGAGGAAUGGAUUGGACGUAGCCACGCUGAAAUCAUCGAAGCAACCAUGCAAGAGCUAGCCAAGUUAUUUCCUGAUGAAAUUGCUGCUGAUCAGAGUAAAGCAAAAAAUCGUAAAUACCAUGUUGUGAAGACACCGAGAUCUGUUUACAAGACCAUCCCAGAUUGCGAGCCUUGCCGACCUCUGCAACGAUCACCGAUUGAAGGGUUCUAUAUGGCUGGUGGUUACACGAAGCAGAAAUACUUGGCUUCCAUGGAGGGUGCAGUUUUAUCUGGGAAGCUCUGUGCCCAGUCCAUAGUUCAGGUAAAUGGUCUCCACGCUUCUGGUUGCACAUAG